GCAUCAGUUGUCCCGCAAAGCAGUCCCAAAGCGCAACGCGGUUCCAUUCGAUCGUCCGACUAUUAAGUUAAUAGUUCCAGCGCUUCCGGAGUGUCCUGUCCUGUCCUGGGAGGUCAGUCGCUCGUAAACGCCAGAAAACACCUAGCAGCGAACACAGUUGGCCCAGUUAUGUGUGGUCCUAGUUAUUGCACACUGCUGCUAAUCGCGGCUUCCUGCUACAUCCUUGUUUGCAGUCAUGCGAAGUCCUUGCAGGGCACGAGCAAACUGGAUUUGGGAAAUCACAUCAGCGCCGGCUCUGCCAGAGGAUCAUUAUCACCAGCUUCACCAGCGUUGAGCGAGGCACGUCAAAAGCGCGCCAUGGGCGACUACAAAGAGCUGACAGACAUCAUUGACGAGCUGGAGGAGAAUAGCCUGGCCCAGAAGGCCAGUGCCACCAUGCAGGUGGCUGCCAUGCCGCCGCAGGGCCAGGAAUUCGAUUUGGACACCAUGCCGCCACUGACCUAUUACCUGCUCCUUCAAAAGCUACGACAGCUGCAGAGUAAUGGGGAGCCCGCUUAUCGCGUGCGGACGCCACGCCUUGGCCGCAGCAUUGACUCCUGGCGACUACUGGACGCGGAGGGGGCGACGGGAAUGGCGGGCGGCGAGGAGGCCAUCGGCGGGCAGUUCAUGCAGCGCAUGGUUAAGAAAUCGGUGCCGUUCAAGCCACGCCUGGGCAAACGUGCUCAAGUGUGCGGUGGCGAUUGAGUCACGACAAGGGCGCGAGGACAUGGCACGGCACGGAAUCGGACUGCGGAUGGAGGACGGAGGACGAGCCCAGGACAAGGUUGAGGCCAGGCGACUGGCCCUUGAGUUAACAUAACCAAGCCAUAAUGGCCAGCUGAAUUCGACGCGACGCAAAAAUAAUCCACAUAUAUGCAUAGUGAAUGACUACUCUACUAGUUACUAGCGCUAUAACCCUGAUUUGAGAGGAACUAAUGAUGUGUAUAUACCGUACAUAUAUUUAUUAUUUAUUUAAAUAAAUUGUGUAGCCCCC